UGCAGUUGCAAAUCAACGCACAUGUUUAGAUCGUGGGUGGACUGUACUGGUGACUCCAUUUCGUUAUGGCAACAAACCGAAUUUCAAAUCUCAAAUUUUAAGGAACCUUCACAAUAAAAUGGCGUCAUGGCUCUUAGCUCAGACCGUCUUGGAGACGACUACCCUCUGUUUCAUUGGUUUAACAGCGUUAAUUGGUAACGUGAGUUUGUACAUCAUCGUCUACAAGGACAAAGAUCUUCGAACCGUUACCAACUUGUUUAUUCUCAAUCUGGCCGCAGCUGACAUCAUGGUGUCGAUUUUCAGCAUUCCAUUCACACUUGCUACCAUCAUAACGCAGGAUUGGGUGUUUGGAGAGACCGCUUGCGUGGUGCUCGGCUUUUUCACAAUUUUAUCCUUCAUUGGGUCGGUGAUGUCUCUUGGCAUGAUUGCCAUCAACCGAUAUUUCUACAUCGUCAGAUGGAACACUUACUCAAAGAUAUUCCCCUGGAGAAAAGCCUUCCUCUUUGCCGCUGCAGUGUGGGUAGUCGCCUUAUCUUUGGCUGCUCCUCCACUUCUGGGCUGGGCAGAAUAUCGUUUCAUCCCGGGAAAAUCUUACUGUUUUGUCUACUGGCCUUCAGAUGUGUACUAUAUGUAUUUUAUGAUCACCGUCUGCUUUUUCGGGCCUCUUUCAGUAAUGACGUUUUCGUAUUACAACAUUCUCAGGUUUACCAAGAAUCUCAAGAGACGAAUUGCGUUAUCAAGGAGUAACCUCAGUAUUCAAGUUCAAAACCCAGCCCAUCUCAACAGUGCAUCAACAGAAAGUAAGGCAGGAGGCCGAAGCGAUCCUGGGAUUGUCGAAUCAAACUUCCACACGGUUAAAAGAUCUGAGACGGACGAACGAGGCGUAGGAGACUCAAAGUCAAAAACAAAGUUAAAAUCGACAGCAUUUCAAGUGACACCAGAAGAAACUAGGAUCACAAACACGUUUAUUUUUGUGGUCACCCUGUUUGUUAUUUGCUGGGCACCAUUUGCCAUGACCAUGUUCUUUGAUGUGUAUUAUUCAAAGCCUUUACCGCGCGCACUUGACAUGGCCUCCUUGAUACUGGGUUAUCUGAACAGUAUGUGCAAUCCUGUUCUCUAUGGAUUACGUAACUUGGCCUUCAAAAGGGGAUUUUUGAAUUUGUACGCGCGUUUUUUACCUGGACGGUUCACAGCCACAAAAUAUAAUGUGACACAACCAGAAACAAGUGGUUCCUAGUUGGUCAUGGUCAAUGUUGUAAUGCAACGAAUAUUUUAAAUAAUACGCAUCUUGAUAUACCACACGGGCAUAGGGAAAGUUUUCUAUCAUCUUCAAUGUGUGACCAAGUGUCCCGUAUGGGAUAAGGUGGACCCCGCAUGGGAUUACCAAUUUGAUCGAACAAAAUAUAGAAAUGGUUUGUAGCCGGUUUGUAUUCU